GGGUGCCCGCGCAGUGACGACGCCGCCUGUGGCCGCGGGAGCUCUCCACUCGCUGCUGUCGCUGGAGAGGCCGUGACCUCCUGGCCGUCCCCCCUCAGGCUCCGAUGGCUCAAGCGAAGAUCAACGCGAAGGCCAACGAGGGCCGCUUCUGCCGCUCGUCCUCCAUGGCCGACCGCUCCAGCCGCCUGCUGGAGAGCCUGGACCAGCUGGAGCUCAGAGUGGAAGCUUUAAGAGAAGCCGCAACUGCUAUUGAGCAAGAGAAAGAAAUCCUCCUGGAAAUGAUCCACAGCAUCCAAAACAGCCAGGACAUGAGGCAGAUCAGUGAUGGAGAAAGAGAAGAAUUAAAUCUGACUGCAAACCGUUUGAUGGGACGAACCCUCACUGUAGAAGUUUCAGUAGAAACAAUUAGAAACCCUCAGCAGCAAGAAUCUCUAAAGCAUGCCACCAGGAUUAUUGAUGAGGUGGUCAGUAAGUUUUUGGAUGAUUUAGGAAAUGCCAAGAGUCACUUGAUGUCACUGUACAGUGCGUGUUCGUCUGAGGUGCCACCUGGGCCAGUUGAUCAGAAGUUUCAAUCCAUAGUAAUUGGCUGUGCUCUGGAAGAUCAGAAGAAAAUUAAGAGACGAUUAGAGACUCUACUUAGAAAUAUUGAAAACUCUGACAAGGCCAUCAAGCUGUUAGAGCAUUCUAAAGGACCUGGCUCCAUAACUCUGCAACAAAACACUGAAAGCAAAUUUAAUUAAUUUUCAAACCUGAGAGCACUUACAAAUAAUGAUGUAAAAGUGAUAAAAAUCCUAUUUUAAGUGAUAACUGGUACUUUAUGCUAGGCAUAACCACUCAUUUGAUACUGAAAGUUGUUUCAGAUAAUGAAAAUAUUCCAGUGCCAUCAGUUUUGUGAGCAACACUUAAAAGUAGAAAUAUUUUAAUUAUCUUCCUGUUUUUAGAUUGAAUUCUUGUACUAGGAGCUAGCACCCUAUAUAUAUAUAUUACAUAUAUACAAUUACUAUAUAUAUAUAUAGUAAUAUAUAUAUAUUACAGUUCUGUGGAUGAAUACUUUGUAUGUGUGGGAAAGUAAGUGCUCAGCUAGGGGCAAAAGAAUCACUGUUCUUUCCUGGGCUUUGUCUGGUGUGGAGGCACAUGGACACGUGGGGCAUCUAUUGACUAGAAAUUCUGUACACGCAGCGCACACACUUAGACACGUCUAGUGUUAGCCAAGCAGUGUGCUCACAGGGAUAAAAGAGAUCACACAAUAAAAACCUUUCCCUACAUUCUCUCAUUCAGCAGGUUUUUUUAGACAUGUAUCAAAUUAUUUUGAACUUAAAGAUUUAUGCAUCUCAUUUGAAUGUAUUUCUUGAUAGACAUGAAAACAUGACAAAUGUGAAAAAAUUCACAUCUGAUUUUUACCACUGUGAACAACUGUAUAUCCACUUCAUUUUUCCAAAUGCAUUCUCUUAAAGUUUCAAUCAUUAAGUACAGUGUUGUAACUUGUCUUUAAAAACUUAAAUGCUGCUAUCAAGUCUGCUUAAAUUGUCCACUUUAAGACCUCUGACUUACCCAGACUUCUUACUAGACACUUAGGCUGUUUCCCAUUUGUUGCUAUUACUGCAACAUAUUUAUGUACAUAGAUCUAUUUCCUUUCAUUUUUGAGUUUCUUUGUAUAAAUUCUCAGCUGGGUCAAAGAGUAUAUACAUGUUCAUGGCCUAACACAUGUCCAGUUUUGUGAGUGUGUGUAAUCACAUCAAUUUAUACUGUCUUCAGUAAUUAAAAUGCAGCCAUUUCACCGAAAUCUUUUCAGCAUUGAGCAUUUUUUUCUAACAUAAGAUAAUGAAACACCUUUAGUUUGCAUUUUGUUUGCUAACAAGGUUGACUAGUAUAUUAUUUUAUCUGUAACAAAUGAAGCAACUAUAAAAUACUUGUAUUUAUUAUGAGUGUUAUUGAUGCACAAAGCCCUCAACUUUCCCAAAUACUACUGCAAAACAAGUAUUUCAAACUCAAUUUUUAUUAAAACACAAGUAUUCUUUCACACUGGAAAAAAAGUUAAGAUUCAGAUAUUUAUAUCAAUGUAUAUUUAUAUAUACAUAUCAAUGAAAAUAUUGAACUUUCGUUUUCCAGACAAAAAUGCCCAAUCAGUCUCUCUUCAUUAAAAGUAAUUACAAUCUGAGGACAUUCAUGAUUGCUUUGAUUGCCACCCCCAGUCUGCCUCAUGUUAAGUCUUCCCGUUUCAUGGGAAACACUAAUUUUCAUCGAUAACUGUGGCAAAGCCUCUUGAUUUGUCAGCAAAUUCUAUUUUGCUGUCAUCAGGUUCACUGUCAGAUAAAGAUGUUUUGUGCCAUCUGUUUAUCAGCUUUUUGAAAAUUAAAACAGAUGAUCUAGCUUUCCUCAAGUUCUCAGGGACUGUCAGCACCUGCAAAUCCCUUCCCUUCAGAGAAGUACUCCCCUUUCCCAUCGACGCCAUGUCCACCCGGGACGUUACCACAAAAUAUUCCAGUUCUGCCUCCUCAACCUUUGUAUUCUUUGCAUUGUCUCUCAUUUUUUUUGCAGUGGAGUUUAUCUGAGGCUGUUCCUCAUCACAGACGUAAAGCAGCAUCUCCAAGCUGCUUCAGUCCUGGUCUGCUGGCCUUCAGCCCUCCGUACCACCAGCUUGAGCCACAUUCAAGGGGCACUGAUCUCAAUGUGUUCUCAUUUAAGACUGGAAGUAUGAUUUAUUUUCAAAUGACACUUCAGAACACCACAAUUUUACCUUCAACGGUCAUCUUUUAUACAGGAUUCUAAGGGAACUCAGAGUGUAUGUUUUAUCUAUGUUGAUAUAUUCCCUAAUGGCCCUGAUUGGGAUAGGGACACCCACGUAAUAGACAAUUAAUUGUAGGACAGCCCUUUUGCCAUCCCUCAUGAGCACUGCUUCCCAGUGGUGUUGCCGCCCCCAUCCUCGCUCUCCUAGUGGAAGACAACAGGACCUGCAGAGGAGUUGACAAGAGCACUCAGUGCUGUUCAUUAGCUGAGAGUGACACCACUGCCCAGUUAGAAAUCUGGCAGAUGUAGCCCUGGCUGGUGUGGCUCAGUGGAUUGAGCACCAGCCUGCAAACCAGAGGGUCGCCAGUUCUGUUCCCACAUGUUUGGGGGCUGCGCAAGAGCCAACCACACAUUGAUGUUCCUCUCCCUCUCUUCUCUAAAAAUAAAUUAAAAUCUUAAUUUGGCAGAUGUAGAAGCGACCCUCCUGGUAUUUUAACGUAGGAAUCCUUGAUAUUGAAAAAAUAAUCCCUAAAUGUGAACUGCUGGCUUCCAGCUGCGCUUCCCUCCCAGUACCAUAUUGCAUCCUCUAGGGGGCACCAUUCACACUGUAGUCUACAUGAAUGGUGUCCUCUCUUUAAUUUUAUGAAAUAUUAUUAGCCAAGUGAGGCAUUAUUAUGCAGGACACCAUGAGCACAGGCAUGACCCUUUGUAUUGAAGCUCAGUCUAGUACCCUGACUCAGAAUUCACCCUAAAGAGGUGAUCAACAAGACAACUCUGCUUCAACAUUUUAAAACUGGAAAACAUGAGAGAAUUUAACCACCACUGAAAAAAGAAGAGUAAGGAUCUAGCCAAUAAAAUUACAUUCAGUGAUUUUUAACUAGGAAACACCCAUGCAUCUGUCCCUUUCACAUUACUUUGAUAAACACUAAUAUUUUUGGAGUGCAUAUACAUGAUAAUGCUGUUUUUGAAAGAUGGAUUUUACAAUUAUUCAAAAACAAAAAUGAAAAGUCAAAGAGCAAAGAGUUUUGGAAAAGACAAGGAGAGCAGUAAGCUCCAACUUCUUUUUGUGUCUACUGACACAACAAGCAAGCAAAAUGAAAUGGACCUUCUGUUUAGGGACAUGACCACAUUCUUAAGUUUUCAAUCAUGAGCUAAGAGUAAACAACUUGAACUGGACCAUGCAAAUCUUUUAAUUACCCACCACAAACCACUAAAUACCGUAGUGAACACACUUCCUUUGCAUGUAGUGGGCAUUCAGAUCCCCUUGACAUUCACCUCAUAUGUUUGGUGAGGGCUGAUUUCAGUGUCUAGUCCAGCUUUAAUACACCUUAAUCCAGGGGUGACCAGAACAGGUUAAAUAGUGCACAGUUUGUGCAGGAAUUCGACAAAAGGUAUCAGAAAAGGCAGAAAAACCUGGAGUUGGAAAACUGACCUAGCAUCUGGAUCCAGGGAGUAUUACAUCCAUCUCCAGAUUAAAUACACCUCCAAAUGUAAUCGUUACACCUCGGGUCUGAAGAUGAUAUGAGGCCUGAUACAAAACAUCACAUGCACAGGCCAUCAGCUGCUGCCGGAAGACCUGGCACAAGCUUCCAACCACUUCUCUUAAUCAGCAGAGGGCCCCACGCACAUCUCUGCCCUCCCAGCUGUAAAAUGGGGGUGAUGAUGCUUCUGUGAGUUACUUUAAAUAAGACACAGCAUGUAAGGUAUUUAGUGGCUUACAGAAAGCACUUGUUAAAUACAGUUAUACCUCGGUAUUCGGCUUCAGAACUUGUCAAACCCUGUAUUUGUCGCAUUUUGAUGAGAAAAAAAGUGUUUCAACACUCUGCACUUGCUUGGGAUUCAUCACACUUGCUACAACUUGUGAGUCACUUUGUCGUCCUGCAAGAGAAAACGCUUCAUCUUACCUGUCGUCAGUUGUUUGGUACUCAUCACAAGUUCCGGAAUGAAUUAACAAAUUAACAGCCAGCAGCCAAAGGCGCAGGAAGCACCACCACACUUCCCAAGCCCGAAGGAGGAACCGCAGACGUGCUUCUCUGCCGGAGGACCUGG